AUGUCUGGGGGCUCAGAGAGUGAUAACUCUGUAACAGCUAAUGGGAGGGUUUACAUUCCUGAAGUAAGAAAUGAGGAAACACCAGCAGUUGGGAUGAAGUUCGACUCGCUUGACCUCGUUUAUAAUUUCUAUAAUAGAUAUGCAUUCUUGGCUGGCUUUUGUAUUCGACUUCAUUCCAGCUUUUGGGGGAAAAAUAAGAAAGAGAUUCUGAGAAAAGAAUUUGUAUGUUGCAAACAAGGUGCAUACCGGAAUGAUGAAACUCGGGAGAGAAAAAGACAGCGGGGAAUAAGUAGAUGCAAUUGCAAAGCUAAGAUUGUGGUUGUGAAGACACAUGGGAGCAAGAAGUAUACCAUCUCUCUUUUUGCAGAGGGACACAAUCAUAAGAUGACACCCUCAGGAAGAAUGCAUUUACUGAGAUCACACCGUCGUAUUUCAGAUUCUACAAAAGUACUCACAAAACAGUUGGGUUCGGUUAAUAUUCCCAUUAAUAAGAAGGUAAGUAUUUUCGAGGUGCAAUCCGAAGGAAUGGAUAAAAUCGGUUUUAUCAAAAAGGAUAUCUACAAUCUUGAAUGUAGUGUGAAUGGGAAGCUGAGGAACCACGAUGUUGAACUAGUGACCGAGUAUUUUAUGGUUGAACAGAAAAAAAAUGAGGCUUUUUAUUUCAAGAUUGAGGGAGAUGGCGAUAACAGGUUUAGUCGAUGUUUUUGGGCAGAUGCAACUUCUAGACGGGCGUACGGGUUUUAUGGAGAUGUUGUUGUAUUCGAUACCACAUUCAACACGAAUAGAUACGACUUGACAUUUGCACCAAUGUUGGGAGUUAAUAACCAUGGUCAAACAAUUGUCCUAGCAUGCGCAUUUUUGAGCAAGGAAACGACUGAGUCGUUUAUUUGGAUGUUUGAGGAGUUUAAGAAAGCCAUGCCAGGUGGCGAACCUAAAACGAUCAUUACAGAUCAAGAUGCGGCAAUGAGCAGAGCGAUUUCAAUAGCCUUCCCGACUACAUUUCAUCGACUUUGCAUAUGGCACAUCACAUCAAAGUUCUCUGUUAAGUUACCACAUUCUGCUUAUAAGGAGUAUUGGGGUGAAUUCCAGAAAGCCAUAUGGGAUACUGACAAUAAGGAUGAGUUUGAUGCAAAAUGGAAUAUUGUGGUUACAAAGGCUGGUUUGACUGACCAUCCAUGGCUAAGUUCAAUGUUUGAUUUAAGGGAAUCUUGGGUUCCAGCCUACGCACGACACUUUUUUGCCGCUGGAAUGUCAAGCAGCCAAAGAGCGGAAUGUUCUCAUGGUUUCUUCAAGCAAUACAUAUCAAGGAGAAAUUCGUUGAUGGAUUUCAUAAUAAGAUUUGAGAGGGCACUUUCUCAUCAACGUCAAAAAGAAUUAGUUGCUGAUCACGUAGAUGCAUUUGAAGUGGCUCAAUGUAUUCUACCGAUGCCAAUGAACAAACAAAUGGCUACCUUGUACACAAGGACAAUGUUUCAAAAGUUUGAGCAAGAACUAAUACAAAGUACAGCAUGUUUCCUAGAGCUGAAAACAGAGGAUGCUUCUAAAGUUGUCUUUAAUGUGAGCGAAAGGAAAAAUUGGGAAACAAGAGUGGCAGAAGUCGUAUAUGUCAAAGAUUCUGACCACGCAUCGUGUAGCUGCAAAAGAUUUGAAUUUGUUGGAAUUAUUGGCAAGCACAUCCUAGCAUUGUUCAGAAAGGACCAGAUUGAAUAUAUGCCCGAUAAAUACAUUUUGAAGAGGUGGAAGAAAACUGCGAAAUCUGGAUUGGUGUCAGAUGCAAAUGGCAACGAAAUUAAAGACUCUGCAGAUCCUGGUCUUUUAAUAAAGCGGAGUACAAUGUCCCGACUUGCUUCAGAUGUGGUUGAGGAUGCAUUAAUGUGUGAAGAAGGAUGUGAGCUACUGUUAGAGACUCUAAAAAGUUUGCGGGUGAAGUUGAAGUUGUUGAAGGAUGGACCAAGUAAUAACGAAGUUGGAGGGUCCAGCUCUCAAACACAAUAUAUGAAAGACCCUAAGAGAGUAAGGUGCAAUGGAGGGUCGAAACGAGUAACGGGAGCAAAGGAAAAGGCAAUGAAGCGAGGGAUUAGACACUGUCGGGAGUGUGGACACAUUGGUCAUGAUAGAAGACAAUGCCCAAGAAAUUUGAACACACCGACAUCACCGUCGAACAAUGACGAAUCAACUCCAAUAGAUCUUAGUGACCCAUUAUUGGACGAAUUUUACAGGAUGCACGGACCAACUCAAUUAUUUAGGCUAAUGCAGCAUUUCCAGCAGCCAGCUGUUGUUUCCAUUACAAGUAAUGAUUUCCAGCAGCACGCAUCAUUUGUAGCAGCACCCACUUUUUGCGAAUGUUAUGUUCUAGUGUUUUACUGGUGA